GUGGGAAGGGAUCACCGCCUGCCUGUGCUGAUGGUGGCUGCAGAUCAAACUCACCCUCUAGAACUGGUACGGCUGGUCCAUGAGCGGGUCACUAACUCUGAUCUCCUCUUCCAGUUGCAACCUGCCUCCAGGUGGAUCCCAGUGCAGAACCUGCAGCAUCCUUAACUCUUGGCACUCCUGCACUUAGACCGCAAUGGCAGGUCGAGGUGGAGCUGCUCGACCGAAUGGACCAGCUGCUGGAAACAAAAUCUGCCAGUUUAAACUUGUGCUCUUGGGGGAGUCGGCGGUGGGGAAGUCCAGCCUUGUUCUGCGCUUCGUGAAAGGGCAGUUCCACGAGUACCAGGAGAGCACGAUUGGAGCUGCCUUCCUAACACAGACAGUCUGUCUGGAUGACACAACAGUGAAGUUUGAAAUAUGGGAUACAGCAGGACAAGAACGGUAUCACAGCCUGGCACCGAUGUAUUACCGAGGUGCCCAGGCAGCCAUCGUUGUCUACGACAUCACUAACACAGACACAUUUGUACGAGCCAAGAACUGGGUGAAAGAGUUGCAGAGGCAGGCUAGCCCCAAUAUUGUAAUUGCACUAGCAGGAAACAAGGCAGACCUUGCUACGAAGAGAGCUGUGGACUUCCAGGAUGCACAAACAUAUGCAGAUGACAACAGCUUGCUGUUCAUGGAGACGUCGGCAAAGACAGCGAUGAAUGUGAAUGAAAUCUUCAUGGCAAUAGCCAAGAAACUGCCAAAAAAUGAACCCCAGAAUGCUCCUGGUGGGCCAGGUAGGAAUCGGGUGGUUGACCUUCAGGAGAGCAGUCAGCCUAGCAGGAGCCAGUGCUGCAGCAAUUGAGCAGCCGUUCCUGCCUGACGGAGCCAUCGAAUGACGUGACUGGAAUCCACGCUAACAAUCGCACUUACCGUAGAGCGGCUGGGGGGGGGGGGGGGGAUUUCUCCAUCCCUUUCUGAUCAUAGGCUGGAGGGAGUUCUUCCACCUGCACCUUUCUGUACAAAUACUAAUUCAAUUCUAAGUCUUAAGUCACUUUUUUAAUAUAUGAACUUCUGUUCUUCCCUCUUCCUGGUGGUGGUGGAUGCAUGACCUGGUGUCUGCCCAGCCAGCUCAGCCCUUCCCACGGGUGAGGGCCAGCAGCACCCAGGUCCCACAGUACUGUAGUUCACUAUUGGAAACAAAGGGAUAUUGAGACUAGACAACCUUGUUUAAAAUUACCCAUAUGUAAAAGCUAAGGCUAAGACCAGUACGAUAGGCCUAGAACAACCACUAAACUGUAGCAUUAUAGUGACAAACUCUGGCUUUUUCAGCCACUUAUUGACCAAAUCAAUGAUGAGUAUUCUGGGGUGGGGCAGAGGGAAGCAAAACUGGUUUCUUCUGUAUUUUGUAUUGUAUGUUUCUUCAUGUAACCAAUCAGUAUCUUGUCAAUAUAGUACAUACAACUAGCUGCCUGUUGUCUUUAUUUGUGUUGGACUCUAGCAUGCCAACUCUCUCUUUUUUUUUCUAUCUCCGGUUCUGUCGUAAUGCACUAAUCCUGUUGCAACUUUUGCAAAAAUCUUGUAUAGAAAAUUGUCCUUUUUUUGAUGGUUGUGAUGCCACUAAUGUUGUUAACCCUACUCUGGUGUGAAUACACUUGGUUUACUGAUGUACAGAGGUGGGGUGGGGGAAACCUCGGAUAACUUGUCAGUGGAAACAAUAUGUAUUACGAAAGCCUGUAAUUCCACAAAGUAUGAAGGGAGGUAUUAAAAUGGCUUCUGUUGCCAGACUCUAACUGAUGUUGGCUGCUGCCUAGUGCCUAAUGCAAUGUCUUAUGCAUACUGGUAUUUAAGAGGAACUGUCAACCUAGUCUUCAUCACAAACUUCAGUUUUGUGUGAUUAAAAACAAAAUUUUUAUAAACCUAUCAUAAUCAACCAUGUUCAUGUUUCUUAAUCAGCUCAAACCAGAAAGGGGAGUGGACCAGAAUGUAACAGUUGUGCUGGAGGCUGAGAUGUGCUAGGCUGCUUGUGGUGCGUACAACACCCGGCUCUUCCGUAGGGAUGCGUGGCCUUCCUUUCCUGGGCAGGGAGCAACAUGGGCAGCUUGCCCUCAGACCUGUGGGCUCUGCUGGCUCCCUCCAGGGGCAGGAACUCCUUACAGAGAGGCUGCAGGUGGUUCAAUAAGCUUGUGGUGUGCUGUGCAGUGGCAUGCAAGGAAGUUUGAGGUAAAUAGUGGGAGUUUUUAAUUGCUUCUAGGGAAACUACCCACAGCUUGAGGUGGGGGGAGCUUGGCUUGACAAGUGGACAGGCUUAGGAAUACUGUGCUCAAGUAUUAAUGAACAAAAUGGCUCUGUCCCUGGUGGAUGAUGGCCUUGAAAGGUGCUGCUCUCCUGUUGCUGCUGCAUGGACUCUUGAGAUCCUUACAGCUGUGGGUGAGACCUGGAGUCAAUAUGGAAAACAGAGCAUCCCCUUGCAGCUCUGCCGCUACCAUGUGUGCUGCUGGGCCAGCACCAUUCGUGCUUGGGAGAGCUUGAAGAUUGUGAUGUGCUGAUGCUUGAACCUGCUGUUCCUCAGCUGCGUGGCUGCUGCUGAAUCUCUGCGAGAGGCACAGCUACAGUCGACUGCGACCAGCCCCGGGCUGGGCUUGCCCUCGGCUGGCAGCGUUGGGGCUAUGAAAGCUCUGCUGGGUACCUGCGAAUAAAGUUGUCUGUGUGAACAGCCUU